UUGCUCUCUUUAAGGGAAGCACCACCAACCAUUGCACGCACGAGGACGGGACAGCUGCUCCUCGGCUCUAUCCACUGUCACAAACACUCUGCGGCCGGACGCCUUUCGUCGCGCUCGCGUUGGCCUUGGCAGUUCCACCACUCUGUAGGCGCCGUCUCCCCAUUAUCUUCCGUUCACGUAGCCCGCGAGGUCUCAUUGCGCAGCGUUCGUCCCUCUAAGCAUGUCCGUUUCGAAGAUCCGGUAACUGCCCACAAACCAUGAGCAACGCAGUCCCCUAGUAGCGCCAGCAGAAUGCAACAGGAUUGAGCGGAUAGCAGUCUCCAUUAUCAGUAAUUAAUUAUUGGCGCCGCGCCUCGCGAUGGACGACUCGAGGGUGGGAGUACAGCGGAAAUCAGGCCUCGCCCUCCAUGGCCGUAGCAUCAGCGCAAAGGAGUCGAGCCGCGUGCUGCUUGCGGGAGCUCAAGCGUCCGAAAGCCUCACCCGCACGACCACCCUAUACCAUCCCACCCACGCCUACAGCCACUACCCACCGGCGGACGAACCAAACCUAGCCUCGGUAGACUUCCGAGCCUGGCUCGCAGACCAGGUGAAGUUCAGCCGGAGCCUCGUCAUCCCGCAGGUCCCGGAGAAGCCGAGCUUCCUCGAGACGUUCGCGCCGUUCAAACUCUUGGGGCGCGUGGGGAGCAAGAAGGCGCAGUGCACGGUGGCGAUGCACGUGCACGGGGUGGACAACUUCCCCAAGGACUUUGAGGGCAAGGAGCUCGUCGUGCAGUGGCUGCGCCGCGGCAUGUCCGUCGGCACGAGCCCCAUGGUGGUCCACCGCGGCGUGGCGCGCUUCGAGCAGACGUUAACGAUGUCGUGCACCAUGUUCUUCAACGCUGGCGCGCAGGGGACGGUGAAGUUCAAGCGGAAGGCGUCCACGCUCUGCGUGCAGAUGCUGAAGCCCUCCGGGAUUGGCUACGUCGCGGAGCUCGGGCGGCAUUCCGUGGAUCUAGCGAAACUGCUGCCCGCGGCGCUGCACGAGAGGGAGGGCCAGCCGGUGACGCUGAGCUUCCAGCUCGCGGGGUUGGCGGAGGGGGCGGUCAUGGUUGCGACGUUCGGGUACGAGUUACAACUCGCCCGAGGCGUUUCGUACAUCGCGCGAGUUGACACGAAGUCGUUCCGCCUGUACGCCGCGACCGCGAUCGCCGCGGCCGCCGCUGCGGUGUCGCCCACCGGCAGCCCGCAGGGGAGCCCACAGGCCAGUCCGCGCGGCGGGAAGGAUAAUGACGAAGCGUCGCCGACGAAGAAAAAGCUGUCGUUCUCCCUCUACCAAGCGCCGGCGGACCGCUCCGCUGCACCGCAGAGCGCGCGGGGCCAGGGGGACGCGCGCGGGACCCGCGCAGGCCCGCUGAUGCGGAUGAUUUCCGGGGGGAGCGCGAUGCGGACGGUGGUGGAGGAGGAGGAAGAGGAGGAGGAGAAGGCGAAGGGGAAGGAGACGCGGACGGCGGGGGGAAAGGGGCCAGGCGGAGUGGGUGGAGGGGAGGCGGUGGGGGAGAAGGAGGCGGAGGGGGAGGGUGACGCGGUGGAUCUGGCGGACGUUCUUGCGGAGGGGGAGGGGUUAAAUGACGAGGAGGAGGAGGAAGAAGAGGAUGAUGAGGAUGAGGAGGAAGAUGAGGAGGAGGACGAUGAUGAUGAUGACGACGAUGACGAGGAGGACGAAGAGGACGAAGAGGAGGAGGAGGAGGAGGAGGAGGAGGAGGAGGAGGAGGAGGGGGGUGUGGAGGUGAAAGAGGUGAUGGCGGGAUACGCGGUAGAGAGGGACUCGAGCAUUGAGCGCACGGUGCGCGUGGAUCCGGGCACGGCCGCCACCACGGCCACCAGCAGCGCGUUUUCAACCGCCUCUACCACCACGUUUGACUCGGCGAGCUCAACGGGCGACGGUAGGUCGCAGCAGUCGCAGGGGUCGCAGGGGUCGCGCAUGGCACAGGCGAUGCGGGAGUUCGAGUGGACGCUGCAGGCGGAGCACUCGAAGCUGCACACAGCCGCGCUCGUGCCCGGGGACGAGCGCAAGGGGCUGGCGUGCGACGGUGACCUCGUGCUGAGCUGCGAAGACGCGUAUAACGGGGAUGCAGCGAAAGCGGGAGGCGGGGCAGGGGAUGGGGGCGGGCUGGAGGAGGAGAUGGACCUGGUGUCGGACGAGUUCAUGGAGCUGCUCUUGCUCUCGGGCGCGCUGGACGGUGGGGCGAGUGGGCUGGACGGUAUGGGCGGUGAAGGGGAUGACGAGGAGGAUUUAGGCGUGGACGGAGGCCUGCUGGGAGUGGCGCAGGGGCUGCUGAGCCCCACGCGCCAGGCGUCGAGCCGAGUGGGGAGUAACAGUGUGAGUAUGAGUGAGAGGGAGGGGGAGGGGGAAGGGAAAUGGGCGGACGGGGGUGGGGAGGUGUCGUCUUUCGCAGGCGAGGAAGAGGAAGAGGAGGAAGAAGAAGAGGAAGAGGAAGAGGAGGAAGAGGAAGAAGAGGAUGUGUUUGACGGGGAAGGAGAGCGAGGAAUGGCGAUGUGCAAUGGUGCUGGGAGGGAGGGAGCGCAGGAGGAGGAGGGGGGCGAGGGCGACGACGACGAUCCGUUGUCGUUUAUGGUGAGGGAGGCGGAGGAGGAGCAGCAGAAGGCGGAGAUCGAGGAGAAGAGCCGCCGCAAGGCGCGCCUGCUGGAGAGCGAGGAGGAGGCGGCGCUCAUGCUGCAGUUCCGAGGGAAGACCGGUACUGGCGGUGCUGCUGCUGCUGCUGCCUUUGCUGCAGAUCUUGCCCCUCCCGCUGCAUCCGCUGCUGCCGCUCCUGCUCCUGCUGCUUCUGCUGCUGCGGCUGCGGCUGCAGCGGAUGGUGAUGCGGGUGGCUCCGCUGCUGCGGGCAGCAGCAGUGCGCUGGUGGUGGCGGGGAGAGGCAGGGGCGCGCCCAGCACCGCCGCAGCCUCCACCACUUCCGCUUCUUCUGCUGCAUCUGCUCCCCCUGGUCGCAAGCGCUGGGGUGCAGCGGGGCCGCUGGCCCUAGGAGGGCGGGGCAGAGGCACCAGCAGCAGCAGCGCUGGCACGCUUGUGCCCAGUGGCCGCGGUAGGGGGACGCUGGGCGCGGGGACGGGAGGAGGCAGGGGGAAGGGGGGCCGGCUGACAGUGCAGGAGAGAGUGAAACUGCUGGAGAGAGAGAAGGCAGGCGGGUGGCGCGAGAGAGGGGGAAAGGGGUGGGGGGAGGAAGAGGAGGUUGCAGAAGGGACUGGGAGUGGGGGAGAGGGAGGUGGAGGGUCGUCUACGUCGACUGCCCUCGUGCCAGCUGGCAGGGGCGCGGGGCGGCAGCUGUCCACGUCAGCAGAGGUGGAGGAGGUGACAACUGGCAUUCCGCGGGCGGUCCUGCGCGGGGGGAUGGGGCCUCUGGGCGCCAGCGGUAGAGGCACUAUCAGCAGCGUUAGCAGCAACAGAAAUGGCGGGGCAAUAGAGAUUAAAAUGCACGGGGGGAGCGGCAUUGGGCGGGGCAGCAGCAGCGGGGCGGGGCGAGGGGCGGGGCGAGGGGCGGGGCGAGGGGCGAGAGGCGCGUUACCUGCGCCCCCUGACGCGGCAGCAGCAGAGGCAAACGGUUGCACGGCCAUGGUGCCAGUGGCGGGGCCGGGAGGGCUGGUAGCUGCAGGCGCGUCAAGCGGGGAGAAGGGCAGCAGGGGGUCCAGCGGGGGAGAGGCUGGCGGGGCGAUGGUACCAGUGGCGGGGCCGGGAGGCUUGGUGGCUGCAGGGGGGAGAGGCAGAGAAGCAGGGGCAGCAGGGGUAGCAGGGCCAAUGACCUUGGCGGCCAUUCAGCAGGGCGCGCUGGCUCCUGGCGCGGGCUUUGGCGGGCUGCAUAUGCCCAUGCCCAUGGGGUCGCUAUCGUCCAGCCCGUUCACGACCAUCAACACCAGCAGCGGCGGCGGCAUCAACAGCAUCAGCACGCGCAGCAGCGUGGGUGGGAUGACCGCCACCACCACCACCACCUUCUCGCCCUCCCCCUCCUCCUUCCCCUGCUUCUCCCCGUCCUCCCUCACCCCCGCGCUCACCAGCCUCAACAGCGUGCUCACCCCCACCGUCCCCGCCACGGGGCUGGCGUCCGCCAGUGCGGCGCUGUACGGCGAGCAGGGCAUGCUGGGGCAGCUGGGCAUGUUCAAAGCCACGGACCCCAUGCACCUCGCAGUGCCGCCCUCCAUUGCUCCCCCCGAGCUGGUGCAAGGCAUGGGGUCGGCCAUCGCCCUGCCUGGGGGCGGGUUCUUGACGUCCAUGUCGGGGAAACACUUCUCACAAGGCGCCAGUCGCCUCGUCAUGCAGUUCUCCCGUGCUGUCGUGGUGCCAGAGGAGAUGGGCAUGGAGGGGGCGGACAUCAUUCAGAGCAUGGUGGCGCUGGGCAUGGACGCGCUGUCGCAGCAGGCGCACAUGCUCAUGCCGCUGCCCGACAUCAGCGGCAAGGCGCUCGAGCAGAUCGCAGCCGAGGGGCUGCUCUUCCUCGAUGGGGCGGGCGGUGCGGGGUACGAGGAGCACCUGAGAAGGCUGGGCGCACCACAGAGGAGGGCUCUUGGUGCAGCAGCAGCAGCGGCAACAGGAGAGUCCUAUUUGGCCCUGGAGGGGCGUGCAGGGGGGGGUUACCUCGCUCUUGAAGGCGGAGCACCAGCAGCAGGGAUGCAAGGGGGGCAGCUAGUGCAUGUAGGGGCCGGACAGCUAGCAACAACGGGAGGAGGCUUGGCCGUAGGUAUGCCGGGUGGUCUGUCCCCCGAAGCUAUGGCAGCUGUGGCUCGGCAGUCCGCCAUGGCUGGCACUCUGGUUCGGCUGCAGCGCCGAGGCAGGCUGAUAGCCGCAGCAAGGCAGAGGCAGCUGCAGCGGAAGCUGCUGCUGGAGCAGGGCGGGGGAGGGGGGGAGGCAGGGGAAGGCGCAACUGGGGCAGGCGGGGCCAAGGAGGGGCGGCUGGCGCUGCUAAGGCGAACUGCUGGGGGCCUUGUUGCUGCUGGUGGUGGUGCUGGUGGGAAGGGAGCGAACGGAGAGAGGCAGUUGCUUGCAGGGGAUGUGCUUAUAGAGGAUAUGGAGGACAUGGAGUUGGAGCUGAUGCUGAUGGGGGAGGAGGGGUGGGAGGACGGGGAGGACGAGUAUGUGCCCUUGGACGAGCUGGGGGCGCUGGCUAUUGAGCAGAUAGAGAGGAUGGCUCUGGAGGGGCUCAGAGUGCAGAACGACGCGACUGACUUGCUGGCUCCGUAUGCUAUAGAGCUGGGGAAGGAUGGCGCUCGGGGUGCAGCGGGCGCGCUGGGAAUGGGCGGGUUUGGGGCGUUGAGGAUUGGCGAGGGAGCAGGGGGGAGGGCUGCUUUGGGAGCGGGAGGGGGAGGGAUGGGCGCGUUGAUGUAUGGAGGGGCGGAGAUGGGGGCAGGAGGGGACGAGUGGGCGAUGGUAGCGGCAGGGGGGGGUGCGAUGGGGCUGGCGGUGUCUGUGGACGAGUGGCAGCGGCUGGACGCGGGGAUAUUUGAAGACUUUGAGACGGAGGAUGAUACUCUCGCGGUGCUACAGGCGCACUGCACUGCGCAUGGCGCUGGGGAGAUGGUGCUGCAUGAUAUUGCCCAGAUGAGGUCGGACUUGGCCGCCGUGAGGGGAGGAGGGAUGAUGGGCAUGAUGGGUGGUGGGGGGAUGGGGAUGAUGGGCAUGGGAGGGAGGAUGGGGGGAGCGCUGGGUGGAGCAGGAGGAGGGGUUGAAGGCGGGUUGAUGGGGGAUAAGGUGACGGUGGCGAUGCUGGUGCAGCUGAGAGACCCUCUGAGGAACUUUGAGCCGGUGGGUGCCCCCAUGAUGGCUCUGCUGCAGGCAGAGCGAGCCCCCCCUGCUGCUGCUGAUGCUAAGGGUAACAGCAAUGGUAGUGUAGCGGCAUUGGAGGGGGGCGGAGGAGCAGGAGGCGCCAAGGCCUUGCCAGGGCCUGGAGGUGUGAGAAGAAUUGCGUAUAAUCUGCACACUGGUACGGCUGUGCGGCCGGCAGGAGGGCCUCUGGCAGAGCGGAACGGAGCGGGCAAUCUGCCGAGAGAAGGGGAUGUGAUUGUGGAAGAGGUGGAUGAUGAGGAGCAGUCAGCCGCAAAGGGGAAAGGUGGAGUGGAAAAGCCUCGGUUUAAACUGACAGGGGUGCACAUGAUGGGGCUGAAAUCUGAAGAGGCUGCAAAGAGAGGGUGGGGGAACCAGAAACAGGGGCAGGCAGGGUCCAGGUGGCUUGCAGCUAAUGGCAUGGGGAAGAAAGGUGCAGCUAAGCCGAAGGGACCGAGCAGGCCUGCCAAGGUGACUGUACAGUCAGGUGACACUCUGUGGAGCUUGUCGCAGAAGGUGCAUGGCAGCGGCACAAAGUGGAAGGAUGUGGUGAAGCUGAACCCACACAUUCGGAAUCCCGACCUCAUUCUCCCCAACCAACACGUCCGCAUGCGCUGAUACCAAUCAGCUGUUUUGAGGCCAAGGUUGCCAUCAACACCUGCAGAGACAUCAUGGGAAGCUGCAGAGACAUCUUUUGACAUGGCAGUAACUAAGCCAUGCUUGGCAUUCACUCAUGCCAAAACAAAAGCUGCCAGGGGAAAGUUGAUUACUUAACUGCUGCUCACCCCUGUACAUUCGUCACCGAUACUGAUGACACGGAUAGCAUGUACGGUAAUUUUCCAGUAGUCUUGGUUCUAGUUCAUAGGCUGUGCAGCCUAUGAUUCGUAGUAGUGACACUAGAUGGUUUGAUUUUAGAAACUCCACGUGUUCUGUAGUUACACAACGUUUCUUAUUGCGUGUGAUCUCUCCUGUAGGUUUUGUGCAGUCCAA